GAUGCUUUCCAGGACCUCUGCCGGAUCUUCUCCGCCAGAAAGGAGCGCAUCCUUGAAAUAGAGUUUCUCCCUCCUGCGCUGGGCCCGCUCCUUCAAGAUGGUUGCUCAAUAGGGAUUACCAAGAAGCACGUCGUAAAGGCGUUUACCGUCGCAAGGCGCAUAUUUUUUCAAGCGCUGGACGCCGACAACUCGGCUUCUGCCCCUCCAAGGAAGGAUGUCGAUACCGAUACCGAUGCCAAGCUAGCUGUCUGCUCCGAGAUCAUCCUGCUGUAUGACUGCGAGCAUCUCACAGCCUGCAACUGGCGGAAGAGGCGUAUACUCGCCUUGCUCCCGCCUCACGACCACGAUGGCCUAGACCCUGCCCAACGGCAGGCUGUUAUCCAAGCGCUGGACAACGAGCUCUCCCUGAUGAAGACAUAUCAGUGUUCUCCGCUACCCCGACAUACCAAAUCCCCGACUCUGUGGCAGCAUCGGCUUUGGGUUCUCGACUAUAAGAUGCGUGUCCAGUCCUGUGAUGCUAGGACGGAUGUCUUCGCGCUAUUGAACACCGAACUGUCUACAGUCCUCCGCGCAGGCGAGCUUCACCCGAAAAACUACUACGCCUUUAACUAUAUGCGACUGUUCCUCGGCUGGUUGUCUCGAGAUAUGGAGGGCGGACCCGCCGUGCUGGCGCAGUCUAUUCUUGAGCAGACUUUAACUUGGUGCCUGGGGCACCCUGCUGAUAUAUCCGGCUGGGGGUUCCUGCUUUAUCUACUAGAGGCCGUUCCGGACCAGGCUGUCCGUGAGGACACGGUUGACAGGGCGCUUCGGUAUGCGAUUGGAAUCCGCUGGGAGGGGGAGAGCCUAUAUACGUUCGUCGACCUGGCUGUCCAGGCUUUCGCCGCCAUGGAUCGCGCGACUAGGAUCCUGGGAAUGAGCGCCACGGCUGCUGAAACUUUCAACUCGCAUUUGGACCACAGACUAGCGCGUUGGAAGACCUGGCGCGAUGCUGCCAAGGAAGUCUGGACU